AUGUCCUGGUCGGUCGUGUGUGUCGUGUCUCUUAAAUAUUACUCUCUAAAUUAAUACCUCUGACACUCGGGCUAGCUGUCUUUAAAGAGGGAAACUCUUUUUGUUUUGAGUUAACAUUAGUUACUUUGGUUAUUUUUAAUUUCAGUGUAUUUCGGCUGCCUUUGUUGAUAGCUAGACUAAACGUGUGUGUGUUAAUAGUUAAACAACAAGUCAUUACUUAUCUGGAGAUAAAAACAUUUUUGCAGCAUCAACAAUCCUAAACAAGUUGUGCUUUGUUGUAGAUAUAUUCAGUCAGUUGUUUUUUGUUUGAUUUCGGGACGCAGAAACCAAAAUGAGUGGUAAAUUUAAAGAUGAGGCACGCAGUGUCUCUCCCCUUUGUCCCAAACCCAACGAGUGUGAGGAACCAGAAGGAGCUGCAAUGGAGGUUACUGCUGCAGUGCCAGGUCAGCAAGAAGAGGUAAUAAUCACUAAGGAAAUGGCAGAAGAAGAAAAACAUUUGAUGGAAGAGGGAGAAAGAAAGGAGAAAGAAAUGAUUGAAAAGGCUCGACAGUCAUGGGAAAAAGACUCUCAAGAAAUUAGGUUUAAGAGGCUGCAGCAUCUUUUGGAGAAAAGCAACAUCUACUCCAAAUUUUUGCUUACAAAAAUGGAACAGCAGCAGCAAGAGGAACAACAUAAGAAGGAGCGACAGGAAAAGAAAACAGCAGCCCAAAAGCAAAAGGACAAUGGCAAAAAGACAGAAAAAGUUGAGAGAAAGAAGAGAGAAAGAGAGGAAGAUUACAAAAUUGCUGAUGUUAUGUCCAAAGAGGAAAUUCUGUCCAAAGCCAAAAAGCGUAAAGUGGAUGAGGAGACUUCAAGUCAGAAAAACCUUGAAGCGAAAGAUCUGGAGAAACUAAGCGACUCUAACUCUGAUAUAAAAGGCCGUCUGUCUGAGAUUGUGCGGGAAAAUGCCAAGCACAUGCUGGACCCAGAAAGGAAAAUAAAUGGACAGCCUGUGCCUUCGCAGCAGCCCAAACUCCUUACUGGUGCUGUAAUGAGGUUGUACCAAGUGGAGGGCAUUGAAUGGCUCAGGAUGCUGUGGGAGAAUGGUAUUAAUGGGAUCCUGGCUGAUGAAAUGGGACUGGGAAAAACCAUCCAGUGCAUUGCUCAUAUUGCAAUGAUGAUUGAGAAGAAAGUGAUGGGGCCUUUUUUGGUUGUAGCUCCUUUGUCCACUUUGCCAAACUGGAUUAAUGAGUUUAGGCGCUUCACUCCAGAGGUGUCUGUUAUGCUUUACCAUGGCCCACAGAAAGAAAGAAUGAACCUUGUCAACAAGAUUCGUAAACCUCAGGGUUCCCUGCACAUGUGCCCGGUGGUUGUUACUUCAUUUGAAACAUCAAUGAUUGACAGAAAAUAUCUUCAGCGUUUCCACUGGAAAUAUCUGAUUGUGGAUGAAGGUCACCGUAUCAAGAACCUGAACUGUCGUUUGGUGAGAGAGCUGAAAAUGCUGCCUACUGACAACAAGCUGCUGCUGACAGGAACUCCUCUACAGAACAAUUUGGCUGAGCUGUGGUCUCUGCUCAACUUCCUUCUCCCAGAUGUAUUUGACGAUUUGAAGAGCUUUGAGUCAUGGUUUGACAUUAACAACAUCACAUCAGAUGUGGAGAACAUAGUAACCAAUGAACGGGAACAGAACAUCCUGAACAUGCUUCACCAGAUUCUCACACCUUUUCUGCUAAGACGACUCAAGUCAGAUGUGACACUGGAGGUUCCACCAAAGAAAGAGAUUGUAGUUUAUGCUCCUCUUACUCCCAAGCAGGAGACCUUUUACAGGGCUAUUGUUGACAAAACUAUUGGUAGUGUACUUGGGCAGGGAAAGAUGGCAGGUGCAUCCGUGCAGCUGACGUCCUCUGGGCGCCCUAAGCGCAGAUCCCGGAAGGUGGUCGACUAUUCUGAAAGCAGUGCUGACUCGCCCAAUGAACUAGAAAAAUACAUUGAGAAAAUUCAGAAAGAGAUGGAGGGUCAGAAGGACUGUGUUCCUCUGGUGGAUGUUCAAAUGCCUGCAGAUGCCCAGGUCAACUUAAAACUGCAGAACAUACUGAUGCUCCUAAAGCGGUGCUGCAAUCAUGCUUACCUUAUCGAAUAUCCCCUAGUCCCUGGAACUCAAGAGUUUAAGAUUGAUGAGCAACUGGUGAAAUCAUCUGGGAAAUUCUUAAUUCUGGAUCGAAUGCUUCCUGAACUGAAGAAGAGAGGACACAAGGUUCUUAUAUUCAGCCAGAUGACUUCUAUUCUGGACAUUUUGAUGGACUACUGUUACCUGCGGGGAUAUCAAUACAGCCGGCUGGAUGGAAGCAUGAGAUAUUCAGACAGAGAGGAGAACAUGAAGAAGUUUGCUGACGAUCCAGAGGUCUUCAUCUUUCUCCUGAGUACCAGAGCUGGUGGCCUUGGGAUCAACCUUACAUCUGCAGAUACAGUCAUCAUAUAUGACAGUGACUGGAACCCUCAAGCGGAUUUGCAAGCUCAGGACAGAUGUCACAGAAUUGGACAAACCAAACCUGUGGUGGUUUACCGCCUCAUCACAGCCAACACUAUUGAUGAGAAGAUCCUGGAGAGGGCAUCUGCUAAGAGAAAGCUGGAGAAGAUGGUCAUUCAUAAAAAUAAGUUUAAAGGAGGAAAAGCUGAUCUUAACCAGUCUAAAAGCUGUGUGGAUAUAAAUGAACUGAUGGACCUGCUAAAGUCCAGAGAUUAUGAGAGGGCAGUAAAGAGCACUAAAGGAAAGGUCAUCAGCGACAAAGAUCUGGAAGUUCUGUUAGAUCGCAGUGACUUGCUGGAUGAAGCCAAGAAGAGUGUUAAACAAGAAAAGAAUGGAGUGUUCCGAGUGGUUGAGCCAAAAGAAGAGAACACUGAGAUUUCUCUCUCAUAGCUGCUUAGAGGAGUGAACAAGCGCACACAACCAAGUAAAGCGAACCGUCAUUAUACUACUGUAUAUUAGUUGUAUAGCCGUUUUGUACUUGCUGCUGUUAGCAUUUAGUCAGGAUUUGAAUACUGGCAGCCCUUUAAUUUGGGCUGCUUUUAUAGUUCUCAUCUCAAUAAAAUGCACUAAAACUUGCAUAUUUAAAAAUGUCUUGCUCCAAUCUUGAGUGUUAAUGUAAGCAGUUCUGAUUGUUCAGUUUGUUUAUGUCCAAGAAGAGGGGUAAAAGGUUGUUUUUGAUCCUGGUUUUAUUAGAAGGUGGUUCUUAAUGCACCUUGAAUAUUUUUGUUUUGCUGCCGUUAUUUUGAACCCAGAUUUUUUUUUUUUUUACUUUUGACCUGCUUAUUUACAUAGUAGUGUUGGAUCAGAGCACUUUGAACAUGUAUCCUUGAACAUUGACUGUGGGACAUUUUUGUAUUGAUUUGUUUUUGUUUUAAAAAAUCUAAUAAUUUCAAUGUUUUGUACAGUAAAACCUUUUGCUAAAUAAAGUUUACAUUUCUA